AUGUCUUAUAGAAACCCCAAUGUGGAGAAUCCUCAAGACCAAGUGUAUCCUCCAAGGUAUCCACAACAACAAAGACCUCCUUACCAAUCUCAAGGAAGUCAAUUUCAGCCAAGGCAAGGAUAUGAGCAGAGAUCAUCAUAUCCGCCCAAGGAGCCAUAUGCUUCUUCACCAAAUCAAGCUCCUCCAAACCAACAAGGUGGGAGAUUUGAAGGAAUCCUCCAACAGAUCAUGGAUGGCCAGAAGAGAAACACUAAAGAGAUGUAUGAGAAGAUGGACACUUUGUUCAGCAAUCUCAACACCAAGUAUGAUGCUGUUGCCACUCAUGUGAAGAAACUAGAGACUCAAGUCACUCAAACUAUGGAAGCUGUUAAGAGACAGGAAGCUGAAUCCAAGAAGUCCUUUUGCAACUCAGCCGCCAUAGAAGAAAGAUUUGAAGACCAAGUUCCAGAAUGGAUGCUUUCAAAACCUACUGUUGAUUGCAUGAUUUGGCCUGAAGAGAAUUACCCAGAGAGAGAGUCCAAUCGAGCUAGAAAGAGAAGACUCUUCCCAAAGAUUAUCCCCAAGACAGAUAACUCAGGAAAGUUUGUGUGCCUUGUAUCAUCAAAGAUUGGAAAUUGCUCUAUCCCUACUGAUUUCCAGAUUGUGGAAAUGAGAGAGAGUAGCCAUAGACCUCUCAUAUUUGGAACCCCUUUCCUGUCUACUGUGGGUGCCAUAUUUGAUUUCCCCAAUCAAAGAAUCUCUUUCAACAAGGUGAACAAGGGUAUGUUCUUCCCUAUGUGUUCAACAAAGAACUCUUUUGUUGACAUGGUCCAAGAGGAGAAAGCUACUUUGAAGCCACCCCAAGAAGGAGAAACUGAAGAAACAAUCAAGGAAGAUCCCAUUCCUAAGCCCAAGCAGCUUGCCAAACAAGCAAGGAGUAAGACUAAGGCCCCUACACCAAAACCGCCCAAGGGAUCAACCAAGAUUGAAGAUGAGGCCAAGCCAAGAAGGAAGGUUAGAAAACCUAGGUCUGGCCGCAACAUGAAGCUUCUAUUCCCAAAGGAGCUUAUUGAUGAGAAUCUAGAAGGAUUCAAGGAGAAAGUGACAAGAACUCUAAAGCUUUUUCCUAAGGCAGUAGUGCCAAGGGACAUUCAUGGAGAGAUUGUCUAUCCAGCUGUGAAUCACCCACCAGAUACUCAUUGCAAGGAGAAAAGACUUGGAGGAUCAAAGAUGCCUCUUGUCUCCAUCUUCUCCUGA